CUUGUCGGCAGUCUCACGGAUCAACACGAGACCAUGUUCACCGCAAGCCCUAAUGGCCUAACUGCCCUCCAUUUCGCUGUUCUAUUGCCCGGCCAUAAGGGUGUCCAGAUCGUUCAGCUUCUGUUGAAUGCACUGGCUGAUCCGAAUGCUCGGGCCGGACCGGACACAAGCUUUCAAAUGGCAGGUUACAUACAGAAUGAAAGAGAUCCAGAAAAAACUUUUCCAUGGUGA